UAAAACUAAAAACUUCGUGGUUUUUCUCUCAAUUCUCGAGUUUCCACAUAAGCCUUGGUUUCAUGUUUAUUGCUUUCAAUAUGGUAUCAGAGCAAAGCAACCACAAAACCCUAGAAAAAAAUUUAGGAAACACCCUGACCAAAACAAAUGUUACUGACGCCGCCACCACCUCUAUCGUCGCCGCAGGAUCCGUCGUCACUGUCGCCGCCGUGGACACCAUGGAAAAACUACUCCACCAGAUUCAGAAGGCGCCGACCUAUACAAUAGGCCAACCCUCACCGUCGUCCGGGCACUCCGUCGCCGCCACCGCCAUCGUCGUGGACAGCACCAUGGAAAAACUACUCCAUCAGAUUCAGAAGGUAUCGAUCUACAUAGUGGGCCAACCCUCGCCGUCGUCCAAACAAUAUUCCCGCCAAAAACCACCGCACACACCGCUUUCGUCGGGCGCGUGGGCCUACGUGCCAGUUCAUCUCACCGCUCAUCACAUAGCAUCUACGCGUCGUAGCCUAUCUAACCGUGUCACCCUUUCGGUCAUCCGCAGCUACACGCGCAACCUAUUGCCUCCGAACAGCAACCUACAAAACUGUCAAAUUUGUACAGUAAUGCAAAUUUGUAACGCAAAUUUGUCCGUCGACCCUUUACAAAAACCUUUCUAUGGUGGGAAUGAGGCUGCCCAAUUCCAUAACAAAUCGGAAAUUGAAGUGAGCGCGAGUCAUUGGCACCCUCCAGUUUUGGACAACCAUAUGUUUGUGGUCCGACGAUUAACCAAACCUACAACAUAGUUGUUUUUUAAGUUGGUGCAUCCUCUAAAUCAAUCAAUCUACCCGAUGUAUUCAAAGAACCUAGUAACUUCGCUCCUUAAUGUACCUUCGAAUUAUAUAACUAACUUUGUUUCCCUUAGUGCUCGAUUCUCGACCCACGGUAAUGAGAAGAAUAGUGAAAAAGCAAUCCUCGUAUGUGAGCAGUGCAAGAAACAAUGGCACACCAAGGAUCAGUAUUGGAAACUCCACGGUCGACCCCUAAGAGGUAACAAACGUAGCUCCAACAAGCACUUAGGGCGUACCGAUGUUAGGGAGAUUGCCAAUACCUCUCAGUCAACUGGCCCUACUACUAGUUAGACCAGCCCUCCUACCCUAGGCGUCAUUGCUCAGUCAGGUAUGCCUCAGUCCCUCGCUCUUAUUAGUGUUGAUGGGAAUAAUCCCUAGAUUUUAAACUUUGGGGCCACAUAUCACUUGAUAGGUUCUUCGGAGCACUUUGUCUCUUAUACACCCUGUGCCGGUAAUGAGAAAAUCAAGAUAGUAGAUGGUUCUUUAGCCCCGAUUGCUGGCAAAGGACAAAUAGUUCUCUUUGACGGUUUCUCUCUCCAUAAUGUUUUGCACGUGCCUAAGCUUUCUUACAAUUUGUUAUCUAUCAGUAAGAUCACUCGUGAGCUGCAUUGUAAAGCUAUUUUUUUACCUGAAUCUGCCUGUUUUUAAGACUUGACCUUGAGGAGGACGAUUGGCACUAUCUGGCAUAGCAGGGGACUUUACAUCCUUGAUGAUGAUACCUCUGGUAGUAGUAUCUCUAAGAAUGAUUUACUAUCUUACUAUUUUAGCACUUCUAAACAUGACUUUAUGUUAUGACAUUUUCAGUUGGGUCAUCCAAACUUUACUUAUAUGAAAUAUUAUUUUUCUCAUCUUUUUUCUAAAAUUGAUGUCUCAUCGUUAUCUUGUGAUGUGUGCAUUCGGACAAAAGAACAUCGGGUUUCUUUUCCUUCACAACCAUAUAAACCCACAAAACCGUUUACCCUUAUCCAUAGUGAUGUUUGGGGUCCCUCCAAGGUCACCACCUCAUCUGGGAAACGGUGGUUUGUAACUUUCAUUGAUGAUCAUACCCGUUUUACCUGAGUCUACCUUAUCGCCAAUAAAUCAAAGGUUUCUUCUAUUUUUCAAAACUUCUAUCACACCAUUGAAACCUAAUUCUAUAAAAAAAAAAAAAAAUUGCUAUUAUUUGGAGUGAUAAUGAAUGGAAAUUUCAAAACCAUAGCCUUAGUGAAUUUCUAGCCUCUAAGGGGAUUGUUCACCAAAACUCAUGCGCCUACACUCCUCAACAAAAUGGAGUGGCCGAACAAAAAAAUUGUCACCUUCUGGAAGUAGCUCGUUCCCUUAUGCUAUCCACGUCCCUUCCUUCAUACUUGUGGAGAGAUGUUAUUCUUACAGCAGCUCAUUUAAUCAAUAGAAUGCAUUCUCGUAUUCUCCACCUUCAGACUCCCUUAAAUUGUCUUAAGGAGCCCUACCCCUAUACCCAUCUUGUUUCUGAGGUUCCUCUUUGUGUGUUUGGGUGUACCGCUUAUGUUCAUAAUUUUGGCUAGACCAAAUUUACCCCUCGAGCUCAGGCAUGUGUGUUUGUUGGGUAUCCCCUUCACCAGAGUGGUUAUAAAUGUUUUUACUCAUCGUCCAGGAAAUACUUUGUCACUAUGGAUGUUACUUUCUAUGAGGGUCGACCUUACAUUCCCAUUAGCCAUCUUCAGGGAAAGAGUGUGAGUGAAGAGUCUAACAACGCCUUUGAAUUUAUCGAACCUACUUCUAAUAUUGUGUUUGAUAUCGAUCUUCAUCAUAUAGUCCUACCCACAAACCAAGUUCCUUGGAAAAUGUAUUGCAGGAGGAAUCUCAGAAAGGAAGUCAGGUCCCCUACUAGUCAGCAGCCAGCUCCAGUCCACGACUCUAAACCUCCUCGAGAUCAAGGUAUGAAAAAUCCUACUGGACCGUGUACUAAUAAUACGAUAAGUGAGAAUGACAGAUCUGAUGUUGUUGUUCUUGAAAAUGUGGAAGAAAAGAAUAGUGGUGAUGAGAUUGAGACAGAAACCGAUAAUAAUGAAACUGAACAGGGUCAUACAGAAUUUGAUGAGUAUGAUCCCUCUCUUGACAUUCUCAUUGCUAUGAGAAAAGGUACCUGGUCUUGUACUAAACAUCCAAUGUGCAACUAUGUUUCCUAUGAUAAUCUCUCUCCACAGUUCAGAGCUUUUACAACAAGCCUUGACUCUACCAUAAUACCGAAAAACAUCUACACUGCUUUAGAGUGUUCUGAAUGGAAGAAUGCAGUCAUGGAAGAAAUGAAGGCUCUUAAAAGGAUAGAGCUUGAAAAUUUUGUGCUCUACCUCAGGGUCACAAAACUGUGGGAUGCAAAUGGGUGUUCUCUCUUAAAUACAAAGCAGAUGGUACUCUUGACAGACACAAAGCAAGGUUAGUUGCAAAGGAAUUUACUCAAACCUAUGGAAUUGAUUAUUCAGAAACUUUUUCUCCAGUUGCUAAGUUGAAUACUGUUAUAGUCCUGCUAUAUGUUGCUGUGAACAAAGAUUGGCCUCUCUACCAGUUGGAUGUUAAGAAUGGCUUUUUGAAUGGAGACCUUAUGGAGGAGGUCUACAUGAGGCCUCCGCCUGGAUUUAAAGUCCAAAAAUCCCUAUAUGGUUUGAAACAGUCUCCCAGAGCAUGAUUUGAUAGAUUCACUACCUUUGUCAAGUCCCAAGGAUACAGUCAGGGGCACUCUAAUCAUACUUUAUUUACAAAGGUUUCCAAGACAGGGAAGAUUGUUGUUCUAAUAUUUUAUGUGGAUGACAUUGUUUUAACUGAAGAUGAUCAGGCAGAAAUCAGUCAACUAAAGCAGAGAAUGGGUGAUGAAUUUGAAAUCAAGGAUUUGGAAAAUCUGAAAUAUUUCCUUGGAAUGGGUCAAAUCUAAAGAAGGUAUCUCCAUGUCUCAGAGAAAAUACACCAUUGAUUUGCUAACCGAAACAGGUAUUUUGGGAUGUCGUUCUACUGAUACUCCUAUUGAGUUCAAUUGUAAACUUGGAAACUCUAAUGAUCAAGUUCCAGUUGAUAAAGAACAAUAUCAGCAUCUUGUGGGUAAGUUGAUUUACUUAUCUCAUACUCAUCCUGAUAUUUCCUUUGUUGUGAGUGUUGUCAGCCAGUUUAUGCAAGCUCCUUAUGAGAAACACAUGAAAGCUGUCAAUAGAAUUCUGAGAUACUUGAAAAUAACACCUGGUAAAGGGUCAUGUUUAGAAAAACAAGCAGAAAGACCAUUGAGGCAUAUACCGACUCGAAUUGGGUUGGAUCUGUUGUUGACAAAAAGUCUACCUCUGGUUAUUGUACCUUUGUUUAGGGCAAUCUUGUUACUUGGAGGAGUAAGAAGCAAAGUGUUGUGGUCAGGAGCAGUGUUGAGGCCGAAUACAGAGUUAUGAGUUUGGGAAUAUGUGAUGAAAUUUGGCUCCAGAAAGUCCUAUCUGAUCUUCAUCAAGAACGUGAGACUCCUUUAAAGCUCUUUUGUGAUAAUAAAGCCGCUAUUAGUAUUGCUAACAACCCAGUUCAACAUGAUAGAACUAAAAAUGUUGAGAUUGAUCCUUUCAUCAAAGAAAUACUUGACAGUGGAAGCAUAUGCAUACCGUACAUCCCCUCUAGCCAAUAGGUUGCUGAUAUUCUCACCAAGGGGCUUCUCGGGCCAAACUUUAAUUUUUGUGUUUGCAAGUUGGGUGUCAUUGAUAUUUACGUCCCAACUUGAGGGGAGUGUUAGAAUUUGUAUCUAUGGAAAAAAUAUUUAUGGAAAACCUACCAUAAAUAUUUCUUUUCCUUUUCUUUUUUGCUCUUUACAUCCUAUUUAAGUUCCCUCAUUUGUACCAUUGUAAUUAUUAGGAAAAUAAUAAAACUAAAAACUUCGUGGUUUUUCUUCCGGUUCUCGAGUUUCCACGUAAGCCUUGAUUUCGUGUUUAUUGCUUUCAAUACUUAGGAUUAAGAUUAAGUUACCUAAGUCAUCCUAAUGAAACAAAAAUUCAACUAGUUAACAGAGUUACAUCUAGUGGAUACUAUUUCAUGGCUUGAUCUUAUGCAAACUCAUUGCAUAGAAUACCCUCAUCUGCA